AUGACAGGCCUAACGGACCAAAUAGACGUGGAAGGCCGAAUCCUUGCCCUUCAAAGGGCUCGUGCGUUCUUUGAGGAAAAAGUCUAUCGUGUCGGUUUUCCUGAUUCUUUGCAAGCGUUUUCGAGAGCAACAAGUAUUGAGGUCGGCCCUGCAUAUAAUUAUGUCCACGUAUAUUGUCAGAAGUCGCCUCCUGAUGAGGUAACCGCAGUGACCGGGUGGGAAAAGGGAGACGAGGGUUUCUGGAGUUUCACACCUGCUCCAGUCAGUGGCUUUACGAACCAACCAGGCGACUUUGAUCCUAUCCAGAUCUUCUUUGAUGUUGCAGAAGGCCUAGAGCUCGAAGCUAUGGUAGGAAAGUGUAUGUGGACACGGGCUAGUGCCAUAAAGAGCUUCCAAAUUACUCAAGGCCUUGUCAUACGAACUUCUCAGGGUACUAGAUGGGCCUUGACUGUGGGGCAUGGUUUUGACGAUACGGCAUCGACGAGCGCCGAAAACGCCGUAAAGUUCUGCCGCCUUGCUCCGCCGGCUGUUCCACAUGGGCCAAGCCAAGAGUGUGCGCAGUGUAGAGCGAAUAAAUGCAACUCCGAAUGCAAAACACUUCCCACGAACACCCGGGUUACUGUGGCAUCGGGGCUAAACAGCAUAGUUACAUUCAAUCCGGAAGUUGAGAGUUUGAACUGGCUAGAUUUUGGAGCCUACAAUAUACCUACUAAUAACGCUGCGUUACAAUUAAAUACAUUAUCCGUUCGGGAGGUUCUACAGCGAACAGGGCAAUUACCCUAUGACGAGAUUGCCGGGCCCAUAAAUGGCAUUCAAGGCGUGGCUACUGACCUUCUAGACAUUGAUUAUCUACAAUAUCUAUCGGAACUACGACCAACUGGCAUUUUCCUUUUUAAGAGAGGUAAAAAGACGGGCUGGACAUUCGCAAGACUCCUUACAGUUACCAAAACUCGGAUUCGGGCAGAGUGUAUCGGGCAGAAGACAGGUAAAGGCGACUGUGGUGCUAUUUGGUGGGUUGUCGAUGCAUAUAGCAAAACUGCUUCACCAGUUGGGUAUCAUAGGGCUCGAGACGAUACAGUAGCCCAUAUAGUGCCAUAUUUAACAGCCUUGGGACAGUUGACUGUAACUGAUCAGAGAUUCAAUGGAUACCAAUUUCAGUCUCUGGAUAGUUAUACCUGGUAA